AAAUCACAUAGAGAUGUGAAAAUUGUCAAAGAAUUAAUUGCUGACUUUGGACAGUAUACUGGAAUACAUGGCUUGAAUAGAACAUUCGCAAUGAAUGUGAGCAUUUUACAGCGCCUCUUCUGGACGAUAGGUUUUCUUUGCGCUCUCGCCAUGAUGAUCUAUGUAAUUCAAAUGCUAGCUACACGCUACAACAAACAACAAUUCAAGACGGUGAUCAACUCCACGAAUUAUCCAAUUUAUCGUAUAGUUUUUCCUGAGAUAUAUCUCUGCAAUGACAAUCGUUUGAAUUGGGCGCGUUUCGCAGCGGCAAAAGAAAACUUUCUGCGGCCCGAGCACCACAACACGGAAUUGGAGCAGUUAUUUACCGAGGUCGUUGCACUCUAUGAUACUUUUAGUUUCGGCACAUUCGAUCGAUUUAAAAAUCUCAGCACUCGGCCGUUAAAAGAUUUGGAUUACGUAAAUUUCACAUCCGUUGCACAGUUCAUGUCGUGGCGUUGCGACGAGUUGCUCAAAAAUUGCGUGUGGCAACAUCGGCCAAUGAAUUGUUGCGAUAUAUUUAUGGCACGCCGAUCAUUAUUUGGCUUCUGUAUGGCCUUUAAUACCUUGGAAACGGCGGAGGCGAAAUUAAGGCAAAAGUUUGACGAUAAAUGGCCGUGGCAUGUCGCGAAAAAUGGAGCGUAUAAUGGGCUAAACGUACAAGUGCGGAUAAACGAACGAUUACAAUCACCCUUUUCGCAAAACCAGAAGGGUAUUAUGUUCAUGAUCAUGGAGCCUGGCGUGUGGUUCAGCUAUCCGAAUAAAGUGAAGUUGAGCGAUAAAUUAUAUGUGCGGAUGUAUGCAAAACUAAGUUUUUAUGAUCAAACAACACAACGAAUACCUUCGCGAGUUCGCAAUUGUGUUUUCGAUCAAGAGCGCAAUAGCUUAGAUUUCAAAACUCUUCUCAAUCACGAUUAUAAGUUCGAAAACUGUCAGGCUGAGUGCCUACAGGAGUAUACAAUGAGAUUUUGCAAUUGCACUAUGGACAUAUUCUUUCCACCGAGUCAAUAUCCGCCCUGCAAAUUGUCCGACAUGCCGUGUUUAGCGAAAUACAACAAUCGGCUUCUACAUUUCGAGCAGAGCGAUGAGAGAGAAUACAUCCCGCUAGACGUGCAGGAGCUCGGUAUGACCUGCAAUUGCUACCUCAACUGUCUCUCUCUGGCCUAUUUUAUUGACAUACGAACCUUUUUCUUGCCCGAUGUCACACAGGAACCGAAUAACUCCUUUGUCAAUAUUGACUUUCAUUUUCAAUACGAUACAAUUGUGGUGUUUCGAACGACUGUAGUUUAUACUUGGGUGGAUUUAUUGGUUAACUUCGGCAAUGCCACCGCACUCUUUCUCGGCUGCUCCCUUAUAAGUGCCGUUGAAUUAGUUUACUAUUUUUGCAUUUACUUCCCGCAACGAUUAUGGAGAGUAAAUAGUAAAGUUAAGACACCCUUAAAGAGGAUAUCCUACAAUUAUGAUGGCAAGCUGCUGGAAAAAUGGAUGAUGAAAUUAUUGGAAAAAAUACUCUAAGUAAAGAAACUAAAAUAGACAAAGAAAAACGUAGGAUCGAGAUUGGAAUUAGUGAUUCAUAAAAUUGCUUUUUAUUUUUAUUUUAUUUAAUAAAGUUUCAUAAUAUUU